AUGCUACUCAGCCUUCCCGAAGAGCUCGUUUCGCACAUAGCCCUCCACCUUCUCGCCUCCCAGCCAUUCAAGCCACCGUAUGUCCUGAAUUCGCUACGCCUGACAUGUCGGUCGCUGCACCAGCUCCUGGGGUCGGACCAUUUCAAAGCAAGGGCGUUUGGAGUCUGCUUCGACGUGGGCAGCGUGGGCAGAAGGAACUUCGUGGCGGACACGGGGAUGCGGGCAGAUCAAUUCGAGGUAUGGGGCACAAUCGUUCACUGGAUCUCGGAGAGGGACGUUGCUGGCGACGAGGCGGACGGCGAGCACGAACCUAGUGAUGCUCAAUUCACCCUUCUCUCUGCCCACCCAUGGGACGUUGCAGAGACCUUUCUCCAAGCUUAUAUCAUGCUUGUGUCCAACGACGGCAAGAACCUCGCGCAGCUUGAGCACGCCGGCCUUUACCCACUGCUCCGAGCAUACCUGAAGAAGUACCUGUACAAGGAAGAACUACUGGAUAAGGGCUGGCCGGUUGAAAGUCUGGAGAACUCGUGCGCAUUGUGGCUAUUGUGGAUGAUGACAACUGAAGAAAGAUUAAAUGAAGAAAGCCUGGAGGAGAGGGAGGAAAUGGUGAAGAUGGUGCUGCCGUGGGUCAUGGUUCCGUUCAGAUACUCAGCGGCGCAUGCUCCGCCGUCCCACUAUACUCUCCCCCUCUCCCCGACCCUAUUUAUCCCAGAAGAUGACGCCGCCACCGCCGCGUCGCAGUCAAACGCACACGGUCGGCGGCGGCGGCGGCGCCCCUUCCCUUCGUACAACCUCCCUCACUCCAUUAUGACCGCGCACGGUCCAUACCCAAUAUACGGGCCCACUGUUCUCCCCACACCGACUCCCCCUUCUCCCUCAGCUUCUCCAACGCCGCCCGACACCGAAGCCGAAUCCCCCGCCGUCGCUACGAACCUCACCAACUUCUCUGCAUCUCAGGUCAUGCAAAACCUUCCAUACACCCCCGCCAAUUCUCUCAAUAUCUCAUACUUCGGCACUCGCUGCCCAUUCUCCGUCCCUCCGCCUUCAAUGGCAGCCAAGAUGCUCUACUUCUCGCGGCGCGAGAGAGUUGGGUUCGGCAUACCCCCACAUUUACCGGCGACGAGGGAGGAGGCAAUUCGCCUCGCACGAGAAGCAUGGGAGAGGGAGCAACGUGAAAACGGACUUGUCGUUGGUGAAAACGGUGUGGUGUGGGAUGGACGCAUGCGCGUUGGCCCGACAAAAGAAGACAUCAUAUACUUCAAUGGACAUAAGGGUACGCAAUUGCCGAUGAGGACAAGCUGGUACGAUAGCUGGGAUGGCCCGGACGCUCUCUCUAUUCCUCCGUCGUUGCGGUGGGACAAUGACUACUACCGUUCGCGGUACUGCUACGACGUCUUCCUCGAACGAGGCAGGCGGAAUGGCGACGUGUACACUCCCGGUAUGCUAGAUGGGUUGUGGCAAGGCCGCAUGCUCGUCCCUUCGGAAAACCGCUUCCUCUCGCUCAUGACAGCCCCUCGUCUCCCAGUGGACCCCAACUCCCGAGUCGAGGGCCGGCCUGAUUACCUCACCGAAGAGUAUCUCUUCACCGCGACCGUGCCUGUAUACAUGCGGUUGGGCGAGUACCACUGGCUCGAUGGGAGCAGGCGGCGCAAGGACCGGACGAGAUCGACGUUUCUGGCGUCAGACCAACCCCUUGGAGAUCGCUUGGCAGCGCUGGACGAAGAAGCAACCGAACCAGGAGGUAUCGUGCGCUGCGCAGAGAGGGUUAACAGAAUCGACGAGGGUAUGAAAAAUGCGUGGUUCCCUCAAGGUACUGGUUUAGUCAUGGAUGAUGAUGCGGUCAAAGUGUACCCUCCGCCUGCGAACUUAACCGCCCCAUCGGAAAACUCGCCCUUUACGCACUUCCACCACUAUCAGGAGCAGAUGAGACAGGUCGUGCCCUCGGUGUAUGAAAAGUACCAUGCCACGGAGUCCAAUUCACACGACUCCGAGCAUUGUGCGGAGUGCCUGCGACGGGAAGAAGAGAAGCACACCAUGCGGUUGGUGGGAGGCGCCGAGGAUGAAGAGGCUAUGAGACGACGGCAGAUGUCUAUAGCUACGGGAGACGACGCUUUCGAUGACGGCCUUCGUGGCAUGUCGAUGGAGGAGGAAGCAGAAGAGGCCGCAAUUCUCCGUGAUCGCCUGGGUGACGGUGGUGUUGAGAACAUAUUCCGGAGCGUUGGCUUAGGGCGUGCAUUGAGGAGGAGGCGUGGAGAGGCAAUUUCGGGCGUGCAUUUCAGAAGGGAUGUUGAUAGGGACUACGUUCGCAGUAUCUCAGAGGCCGACAUGGACGUCGAUGACGCCGAAGCAGAAGGUGGCGAAGGAGAGUGGAUGGACGUCGACCCCGAGGAUGAUGAUGAAGACGACGACGAUGCCUCCUACGCGUCCAGCGAUGACGCGGACCUGCCUGCUGACGAUCCCCUUGUCCUUCCCCCAUGCAAUGGCGUUCGAGAUAUCCUCAUCCUAGGCUCUACCGACCCUCCUCACGCCCUCGCCUGGCACCCCUUCGUCUUCCGCGGUCGCAUACGGCCUUGGGACGGUCUAGUUGGGAUUCUACGGGUGUCCAAGGAUCGCCAGCUCGGCGAUGCAUUUUUCUACGGCUAUAUCAUCGAAGGCAAAAAUUUCGUUGGAAACUGGAGGAACGUAGGAGCGGAGACCAACGCUGGCUUGCCUGCUUGGGAAGGCCCAUUCUCCAUGAGCAAGAGGGAGUGA